AUGACAAGUGUUUUAAAAAAAUCUAGAGGAACAAAGGGAAAAUCGGAAUCAAUGCAAGAAGAUUUGCCGUCGAGAUGGAGUGUCUCCCAGGGGCACAGAGCGGAGGAUGCCGCGAAGCUGGUCAAAUAUAUCGAUGACAAUGUUAUUGGCAAGGGAAACUCAUUUUGCGGGCCGUUUGGACGUAGAAAAGUGGUGUACUGCGACUACAGCGGUUCGGGACGAGCGUUGCAAUGGGUAGAAGACUAUAUACAGAAGGAUGUACUGCCUACCCAGGCGACAAGAUGUACUGCUCUCUCGGUUACAUCUGGACAAACAGAAAUAUUUCGAUCAGAAUCCAAGGACAUAAUUCGUAAAUCAGUUCGCGCCUGUGCUGAAGAUGUAAUUGUACUCGGCGCGUCUCUCACGAGGUUUCUGAGAACACUUCGGCCGCAGAAAGCGUGUGUUUUUGUGUCCUCACGGGAGACUGAGAGGCAACUUGCGCCGUGGAGGGAAUGUGGGGCCGAGUUGAUCAAGAUACCAGAAACAAAGGAGGGGUUCAUUGACCUGAACAAUUUGGAGUUAAACCUACAGGAAAAUACGGGAACAGGGAAGCGUAUGAUCGGAUUUUUCCCAGCGGCGUCAAAAUUAACAGGAGUCCUGGCCGAUGAUGUAGCCACCACGUUACUCCUACAUCAGUAUGGCGCUUGGGCCUUCUGGGAUUACACUCUAGUCGCCCCCACUUCGGCUGUGGAUAUGAACCCAACUUUUCCAGGAGUGGAAGAAGGCAUGGUUAAGAAGGAUGCUGUGUUCUUCAAUUGCGAGAAGUUUGUUGGCGGCGUUCAGGGACCCUAUGUCUCGAUAUUUAAGAAGGAUGUUUUUAAGAAUUCACCACUCUACAGUGAUGAGGUUGAAAUGUUAGCGGAAAGAAUAGAAGAGAUAAGGUGCAUAGAAGCAGUGAGGGCUGCUAUCGUUAUGCAGCUUCGUGAUGCCAUUGGACUGCAGAUGAUUGCGGAUAAGCAGGAUCAUAUUACCAGGCAAGUCCUAGCACACAUCAAGAAUAUUCCAGAGCUCAUUCUAUUGGGGAGUGAAAUGUCGUCUGUGCGGCGGCUUCCAAUAUUUUCUCUCAUGGUGAAGCACCCUCGAGGCACCUUUCUUCAUCAUAACUUUGUGUGUGCAAUUCUCAACGACGUAUUCGGUAUACAAGCUAGAGGUGGACUCAAUAAUAAUCUGUCUUACGGGUCAGAUGUUUUGGGAAUAGAUGAGCAACUUUUGAAGGAAUACGAAAAACUACUAGACGUCGAGGCACAAAGAGAAAUAGCAAGGGUACGAAAGCUAAGUGUGGUUAAGUCACCGGAAGUACCAAUUCACAACGAACCCCUAAGGCCAGGAUUUUGUAGGAUAUCCCUUCCCUUCUUCAUGUCAGAAUGCGAACUGGCCUUCGUUUUAGAAGCCCUCAAAAUGGUAGCUACGGAAGGUUGGAAAAUUUUACCUCAAUACGCAGUGAAUGCUGUCACCGGUCAAUGGAGACAUCAUACCUGUUCUGUGUUAAGAGACAAGAAGUCUUUAUACUCUCUGAGGUUCCACGAUGGCAAAAUAACAGCCCAUGAGAGGCGUGUUUCAGGUCCAGGAAUUUUUCCACAAACAUACACCGAGUGCUUACAAACAGCAAGGAAUUUAUUCAGCAGAGCACGAAAACUGGCAAUGAAAUGUCCUCCUAUUGAGCCGGAAGUCAGUUUCAAUCCAAAAAUCGACUAUUUGAGAUGGUUCAUGUUACCGAAAGAAGCUCACGAACUUUUACUUGGUCGAUCGGGAAAUGUUAAACACAUUGUCCCAUUCGAUCCUUCGGGGUACACCGGGGCGAGAAAAAGUCUGAAUAGUAUCUCUAGAUGCUCCAAUACAUCCUCGCCGAUAUUAGGCUCAUCUCCACGACAUUUUAGUCUAUCGGCUAUAGACGACUGUCAAAUUUUCAGACUCAAACAAAAGCAAAAGUUUUAUUCAAGAGAAUCUAGUUUGAAGGAGAGUACAAAAGAGGAAGCUGUUAAAAUUUCACACCAGCCAGUACAAUUCGCAGUCGGCGAAUCCGUUUCACCCUUGCGUCUAGUACCGCAGAGUUCAAGACCUACUCUAGUCAGAUCAAGAUGCUAUAGUUUAGGCUCUGAUAGUCCACCAGUGCCGUUCAGCUCUCAGACAAAAUUGAACCUUGGACUUAAAGAAACGAGUCCUAACGUCGCAGAUAAAUCGAAUAGUUUUUGUAACUGCGGUAGUCAAACCGAUUUGCAGUCAUUGGAAGAUACUAUGAUCUCAACAAACAAAAGUUUUCCUUAUAGUACACAGAGUAGUACUUCGAUAUCAGAUUGUAGUCAAAUUGGUCGCACUUCACCCACUGUGUCAAUAACUUCGCAAACAUCUGAAGAUCUGCAUACAUAUGUUAAGGAAAUGACGAGAGAAAUAGCUACAGAGAUCAAAUCUGAAAUACGCGAAGUGAUCUCAAAAGUGGAUGAUAUCUUGGAGAACUCUGAUAUGUUAGAUCAAACAAAUACGAGUAUAACUUCGAUUUCUAGUCAGAGCGAUAAGAAUUCUGUAUCAGUAGUAGACGUAGCGGAGUAUUUAAUGGGUAUGUCUAAGGAAAUGGCUUCAGAGGUGAAACAUGAAAUUCGCGAAAUGGUUAACCAAGUCGACGAAAUGAUAUCACCAGAUUACACGGGCUCAUGUUUAAGAAAGAACUCUCCGCCUAAAGUACGACAGAGAAUCGGUUCCGGGCCAGAGUUGGGAUUAGAUCUACAAAAAAUUAAUAAUAAACAGUUUUUGAGAAAGUGUCCUACGAGCCCAGUGUUUUCUUCACAAUACGAUGAAGACGAGAAGUUCUGCAAGCGUUCACCCAGUACUCCCACUAAGUCAGCACAGUGCACUCCAUCGCAUGAAGCUUCAGGCCCGAAUAGUAUUUCUUUCAAUUCAAGUGAAACUUCAACUCCAGAUACUAUUAUUCAAGUGGUCACGACAUCUCAGAAUUCCCCAAAUCUUCCAAAGUCAUUAAGUUCAAACAAAUUAUCCGAUGACGAAGCUACCUGUAUGGAUGCUGUUUGUAGACAUUGUUGUAUAAAGAAAAACUGGUGCCAAAAUCCAUCAGCCAGCUCGCAAGAUAGUGGUAUCAAUAUGACCUACACUGAUUCAGAUUCUUACUUAGACUUCGUAAAAUGGCGUACUUCAUCAGACCCUUCCACGAACAAACUAAAGAAACUUCAAGGACGUCUUCGCACAUGUCACAAACACGAGAAGAAUGAGGUUCCCGAUAUAAUUGAAGGAGUCCCUGUCUGUUCGGGGCCAAUUAAAACUUACAGCGAAACGGAGUCUGGCAGAGUCGUUUUCCAAAUACCCGACGACGACCGAAGGAACCGUAUUUGCAGGACAACGUCAUCUCAAGACUCUAAGCGUUCCAGCAGGUCUUCGAAUGCAUCAUCCAGUUGCUCUGAACGAAGUUCCAGGUCUAGUGGGUAUGGAACUGAUGUCCAGCGUUCUUCCCACGAGGAGAACUAUUAUGACAGAAGUGAAUCAGACUGUCGCUUUAAAGCCGAAUGCUGUGGUGAAGAAACGGAACAAGAUGACAGCAGCGCUUGUAGUGAUGCUUCUCUCACUGACUUCACCUUUGAUGAUGAGGGCAAGUGGCAUUGUCCACCUAAAGCUGUUUGGAAAGCAACUGUUGAGGCUAUCCAUGAAUUCAGUAUGGUUCGUCCAGGAGACAAAGUACUCGUGUGUUUAUCUGGACGAAGAGACUCCAUCGCCUUACUCCAUACCAUGCACCAGUACCAAUUCUAUGCUAGAUCGAAGGGAAUACAUUUCUCUAUUGGAGCCUUAUUUGUCCACGAGCCGCAGUCAGACGUCGACCCUCUACAUUUGAUGGCUUAUUGUAGGACUUUGGGCGUCAAGUUUAUUUAUCAAGAUAAGAUUGAACAGGAAGAAGACGAACGUAGGAGCAGUAGUACAAAGAUGCCAGAAAUCCAUCGCUGGUCGUCCCAGGCGGUGCGCCGGCGCAUGUACACAGCAGCUGCUGCGCAUGGCUACGGGGUUGCUGCUAUCGCUCAAAACUUAGACCACGCUGCAAAAGCAUUCCUUGCAAGCGCCUUUUACGGGGGUGCUUUAAAAUCUCUUAAGGCACAUUAUAAAGUAAGAGAUCAAGAAAUGCGGGUAAUUAGGCCGUUCAUCUAUGUGCGUGCGCAUUGGUUAGAAGCAUUCUGUUGCACGAGAGCCCUACCAGACUUCACGAGGUUGUCUAAGUGUGCUCAUACACCAACUGGAGAUAUUGGACCUAAAAGUAAAACUCUGGACCGCUCAAUCUCCGAGCCCUGUGGAAGUGCGCACCGGGUGGAUUUAGAGCAGGAAAUCGACCCAGAACAAGAAGACAACGAAACUGACCCUUUGGUCAUUGCUCAGUGCAUUCUUGACGACCAAGAGAGAACACACCCAUUCGUCUUUUCCAGCUUAAAAAGCGCUUUGCAGCCGCUUCUUAGUGCAAGGAUUAUCGAAAAGGACCAGAAAGAACAUAGACACAGAAAGAAGUCUGUGAUACAGAUGAAAGAUGGCGCUCCCGUAUACGACUCUGAGGAAGGAACUGAAGAAGAAUCGGUGCCAUAG